GUCGUCGCGGCGCCCCCGACGCCCGCCAUGAAUCAGCUGGGAACGGUCUACGCCACCAAGCGACGCCGACGGAACGGCAAAAGUUUGAAGCCGACGCCCAAAGACGGGGUGACCAAGAGUAAUCCGAGCAAACGGCAUCGGGAGAGGCUCAACGCCGAAUUGGACACUCUCGCCAGUCUUCUGCCCUUCGAGCAAAACAUCCUCUCCAAGCUGGACAGGCUUUCGAUUUUGAGGCUUUCUGUGAGCUACCUACGCACCAAGAGCUACUUUCAAGUUGUUAUGCACAAAGAUAAGGAUGACGGUGGCCUACAUAGAUCCCGGGAUCUCACCGCCUUCGACCACACUCCUCUCGACGGAGAGAUGUUCUUACAGGCCUUAAACGGAUUCCUUAUGAUCCUCACGUGUGAAGGAGAAGUUUUCUUCGCCACGCAUAGUAUAGAGGGCUAUUUGGGGUUCCACCAGUCAGAUAUUGUCCAUCAAUCCGUCUACGAGCUGGUCCAUUCCGAAGACCGAGAGGAGCUGCAAAGGCAGCUAAUGUGGAACUCGUUUCUUCCACCAGAAUCCGCAAACAUGGGUCUCCAAGACGUCCUCCUCCCCGAGAAUUGUCACUUGCUGGAAAGGAGUUUCACGGUGCGCUUCCGAUGUCUCUUAGAUAAUACUUCCGGUUUUUUGCGUUUAGAUAUACGAGGUCGAGUGAAGGUCCUCCAUGGACAGAAUCGGAAAUCCGACGAGGCUCCACUAGCCCUUUUCGCGAUCUGCACGCCUUUUGGUCCGCCGUCCUUGCUUGAAAUACCUCAGAAAGAAGUGAUGUUCAAAAGUAAACACAAACUAGAUUUAGCAUUAGUGUCCAUGGAUCAGAGAGGGAAGAUGCUCUUGGGUUACUCCGACUCGGAGUUGGCUACAAUGGGAGGCUACGAUCUCGUGCAUUACGACGACUUGGCUUACGUAGCAAGUGCCCACCAAGAAUUACUCAAAACGGGAGCGUCGGGUAUGAUAGCGUAUAGGUUCCAAACCAAAGACGGCCAGUGGCAAUGGUUGCAGACUAGUUCAAGACUAGUGUACAAGAAUUCGAAGCCGGAUUUUGUAAUAAGCACUCAUCGACCUUUGAUGGAGGAAGAAGGUCGCGACCUCCUCGGCAAGCGCACCAUGGACUUCAAAGUCAGCUACUUGGACGCGGGUCUUCCAAACAGCUACUUCUCCGAGACAGAUCAAAUCUUAAGCAGCACAUCGAACGUCGUUCAACACAACAUUCCCGUGACGCCGUCUCGCGUCAACCGAAGAUACAAAACCCAGCUUCGGGACUUCUUGUCCACUUGUCGUACCAAACGCAAACUCUCGCACAGUUCCUCCAGUGGACAAGUGACCCCUCCCGCUAACACGACGGUCACGGCGGCCGUCGUCAGCCCCAUGCCGGCCGUGGACUACAUCACUCCCGACGGAUGCGCCGCCUACAACAUGUACAGUACGACGUACCCCACGGCCACCCCCGACCACAGCCUCUCGUACAUGAGCCACUCCAAUUUCCAGCACGGGCUGUACCCGACUCCCACCGCUCUGGACAACCGGUACUUGACGACGACGGAGAAUCUGUUCCACCAGUACAGGCCGCUGAGCACUUACUACCCCGAGUACCACCACGGCACCGCCGCCAGUCCGUACGUGGGCAACGGCUUCCCCACCUACGAUCCCACCCCCACUUCCGCUAGUCACCAUGCCUCCUAUCGCACGACCGUCAUGCCCGUGGACGAGAAGCUCUACCCCUGCCAGCAGGUCGUGGACGCGCCCGCGAAGUACCCGGCGUACGUGGACUCCUCCAGAGGGUACGUCGUGGCCAACAACAAGUGUCUGGACGUGGGCUGGCCCUAUUCGGUCAGCCCGUCGUCGGGGAUCAUCCAGCCGGUGCAGGUUAUGGAGCUCAGCAAGCCGUGCAAGAUCUCCAAGCACCCCGCACUCGACGGGAUCGCCUCCAACCACGCCGCCUCCCCCGUCAACGCGGGCCUGUUGACCCCCAAGAUGGAGGAGAUCAAGUCGGACGGGUUGAACGACGCGCAACCGCAGCACUUUUCGCCGGUGCAGGAGAGGCAGACGGUGCUGAUGUGGGGCUCGAACCACGUCAACCCCUCGCCCAACUCGACCACGAGGUCCCCCAGCCAGGAGUACAACGCGCCUACGUCGGAGGGCUGCGAGGCUCUGAAGAGUCUGGCGGAAAUUAGCAACCCGGAGAUGUGCAAAUGGAACGGUGAGGAAAACAAGACUGAACCGGUUCAGACCAGCGAUUCGGACAGUCCGCACCAUCACGCCGCCCAUCACAACCACCACAAUUCCAGAGUGGUCAUGGUUCUAUGAUGAACGUGGUGUUGCUGGUCCGCAGCAAUUGUACAUACAGAUAUACAUACUUUUAAUAAAUCGCACAUACAUUCAAUAUUCCACAAUGAUAUAUACAAAAAACAUAUCUUCCUGCAUUGUGUUUCGUUGUCAAUGUCUUCGAUUUAGAACUUAAUACUCUUAGUACGUGAAGUGUUUUUGUUUGGAGCAGCUGAGAUGGUUCUUAGUACCUAU